UGUACAGGGAAGCGUCUCUGGGGUUUAGGUGCCCACGCCUGGUGUCCCCAGUCCCUGCACAGCCGACUUCUGUGGGCCCAAAGCCCCAUUUCCUACCGCGGCAGAGUCUCCUUUGGGGCAGAAAUCUGUGGGCAAUCGCACCGAGAAUAGAACAGAAUGAUCAAAGAUAUGGACCUUUGGGAGCAGACGUUUCAGCGGAUAAUUAGAGAGAAGAAACCGCACCACCGAUGGAAGCUGAAAGUGGACAAUAACCUUGAGGUCAAAAGCCUGCGGCCGGGCUGGAAGCAAUACACGCAAAAAGGCCUUGCAAGGUUUCGGUGCUCCUUGUGUGGCCGCAGCUGGGUCUCGGCCCAAGUGCUGAUUCUCUUCUGGAUGUGCCUGAAGGAACCCUACGGCCGGGUCAAGAUGAGGGUCUUUGGCCAGCGCUGCCAGAAGUGCAGCCGGGCUCUGUUUGAGGAGCCCGAGUUCAGCCCGGAGGGCGUCGAGAAGGUCCUGGGCUGCCUGGUGGUCCGCAUCCUGCUGAAGUGCUACCGGGAAAGUGCCCGCGCCGCCGUCCCCAGCGAGGACCCUUUGAGAGAAAUCCUCGUGGCCGCACGACGCUGGGAAUUGCGAGGCGUGCCUGCUGGGCGUCUCUUGCCCGAGCCAAUCGGACGGCAAGGUCUCGGGGGCCCUUCCCAGAAGCACCCACACCUCGUCCCGGGACCGGCAGCCUGCCUCUAGGAGGAGGAAGUUGCUCCUGCUCCUUUCCCUUGGGGUUGUCAUUGUCUUUGUGGCCCUGAUGGUGACUCUUGGGCUCACUGGGCUCCUUUAGAAAGAGCCUCGUCCGGUGCCGUGGGAUGGCAACGACUUCGCACCUCCCCAAACGGAACUAGCCCAAUGAUGUGCAUUCACACGUGGACACACACGACUGGACGUAGGGUUACGUUUCAUUUGCAUUAGUAGCAUUUCCCCAUCCUUCUCUUAACUCUUCCCGAAGGCUACCUGAUGAGCUUCUGGCUUCUGGGCUUGGGGGCCCCCUUCCCACGGGCUUCUUCCCGGACUCUCCUGCCCCUCUCCCCCUUUGGCCGACGUGCUCCCCUUACUCAGCUUGCUCACCAACUUUGCCCCGAGAAGCCAUGGGAUGGUGGAGGCGGAAGCUGGAGGGCGAUUCCUGAGAAGACCCUGGGGCUGCCUGCGUUAUUUCCGCAAGGAAAGCGACUCAUUGCCACCUUCAUGUUCCCAGUGGCCGAAUGGCCUCCUUCAGGGAGCCUGAAAAUAAACCAUCAAACAGCCGUCUUCAGUUUGAC